UACGACAUGCCGUGUGUUGAAUGAAACACUCCAGUUUCAAUGCUUUUCACCCACCAAAACACACAAAGGAAAUCUUCGGAACAAGACAAAGCAGCAGGUCACAAGACAUCAUGGGAGCUCCCACUGCCGCCCAGAUUGUGGAGAAACUGAAACUGAAUCCACACCAAGAAGGUGGUUUCUUCUCUGAAACAUUCAGAGACACUUCUAUUGUCCUACCUUUGUGUCAGCUCCCGCCAGACUACAAGGUUGAUCGUCCUGUGAGUACAGCUAUUUACUUCUUGCUGCCUACUGGGGACGUUUCACGCCUUCAUCGCAUACCGUGUGCAGAGACAUGGCAUUUCUACCUGGGAGAACCUCUUACGGUAGUGGAGUUGAAUGAGGUAGAUGGGAAAGUCAAACUGACAAACCUUGGACCUAAUUUCAUUGACGAGGAUCAGCAACCCCAGUACACAGUCCCUCCAAAUGUUUGGUUUGGUGCAUUUCCUACAAAGGACUACAACAUUUCACCAGAUGGGGCACUGACCAAAGCUGCUCCAAGGGAUUCUGAGACCCACUACUCUCUGGUGGGAUGCACUUGUGCACCAGCAUUUCAGUUCCAGGAUUUUGAGUUGGCAAAACGCUCAGAGAUCAUUAAGCAGUUCCCUGAUAGCGAGCCUCUUAUAACGUUGCUUACAGAUUCUGAAAAAGCAUAAGUUUCUGCCGGUUGUAGUCUCAUACCUCUACAUGAUAUGAUCUACCGUGUGAAAUCCCACGCUUGCAUAGCUUGUUAUGAGUUUGGAUCUACCGUGUGAAAUAUUGGAUUUGGUACAAUAUAUUUGUAAUAAUGGGAGGAGAAGAUUUUAAGUAUCAUUUUGGAAGUGAUUUUUUUUCCUUUAAUAUAUUGGU